GCUGGCAAGAGCACCCAGGUCCCGCAGUGGUGCGCGGAGUACGUGCUGUCGCAGCAGCUGGCGCACGGCCUGGUGGUCUGCGCCCAGCCCCACGGCCCGGCAGCCCUCAGCCUGGCGCUGCGCGUGGCCGACGAGAUGGACCUCAACCUGGGCCACGAGGUCGGCUACUGCGUCGCUCACGACGACUGCUGCACCCCGGAGACGCUGCUCAGGUUCUGUUCGGACGAGAUGCUGCUGCGGGAGAUGAUGUCGGCACCACUGCUGCAGCGCUACGGGGUGGUGGUGCUGGACGAGGCGCAGGAGCGCACGGUGCCCACGGACGUGCUGCUGGGGCUGCUCCAGGAUGUACAGCGCCAGCGCCCUGCACUCCGGCUCGUCGUGAUCACGGCACCCGCCCUCGAGCCGCGGCUCUGCGACUUCCUCCGUGACCCCCCGCUGGUCUGGGUGCCGGCACCGCAUCCCCCCUGCCCCGUGCUGUACCACGACCUGCCUGCCCACGCCCGGGUGGCAGCCGCCUGCCAGGCCGUGCUGGACCUGCACCAGCGCCAGGAGCCCGGCGAUGUGCUGCUCUACGUGGCCAGCGAGCAGGAGAUCGAGGAGUGCUGCGAGGCCCUGGAGGCCGCGGCCGCAGCGCUGCCCGCAGCGCCGGGCCCGCUGCAGGUGCUGCCACUGCACCCUGGCCUGGGGCGGGCAGCCCAGAAGGUCUACACAGCGCCGGAGCCCGAGGAGGCGGGAGCAGGCCGGCCACGGCGGGCGAUCGUCACCCACUGGCUUGCGGAUUCCUCCUUCUCGCUGGACGCUGUGAGCCACGUCGUGGACACGGGGCUGGAGCUGCGCAGCGUCUACCACCCCUGGAUCCGGGCCGAGGCCCAGGUGCUGCGACCCGUCAGCCAGAGCCAGGCAGAGUCGCGGCGGCAGCGGGCCACAGGCUCGUGCCUGCGCCUGUACCCGGAGGCCGAGGCGCAGCGCCUGCCGCCCUGCCCCGCGCCCCGGGUGGCCGAGGCCAACCUGAGCCGCCUCGUGCUGCUGCUCAAGCGCCUCGACAUCGCCGACAUGGGCCAGUGCGACUUCCUCGACCGGCCAGCCCCCGAGGCGCUGAUGCAGGCGCUGGAGGACCUGGACUACCUGGCCGCGCUGGACGACGACGGGAACCUGUCAGAGGUCGGCAUCAUCAUGUCCGAGUUCCCGCUGGACCCGCCGCUGGCCAAAGCCCUGGUGGCCGCCUGCGAGUUCGACUGCGUGAACGAGAUGCUGACGCUGGCCGCCAUGCUCACAGCCGGGCCCUGCUUCCUGCCGGUGCCCACACGCCUGGAGGAGGCCGUGGCUGCACGGCGCCGGGCACUGCUGCACCACGACGGCGACCACUUCACCCUCAUCAACAUCUUCCACGCCUACCAGCAGCACGGGGCGCAUGAGGGCUGGUGCCGCAAGCAGGGGCUGAGCGCAGCGGUGCUGCAGCGAGCGGUGGCGCUGCGGGCCGAGCUGCUGGAGGCCAUGCGGCGCAUCGAGCUGCCCGUGUCCCCCCCGGCCUUCGGUGCCCCCGGCAACAUCUGCAACCUCCAACGCGCCCUCGUCUCCGGCUGCUUCCUCAAGGUGGCACGGGACCUGGACGGGGCCGGGAACUACACGAUGCUGACGCACCGGCACGUGGCCCAGCUGGCGCCCACGUGCUGCUACCGCCUGCGCCGCCCGCCCCUGCGCCCGCCGCCCUGGCUGCUCUUCCACGACUUCUGCAUCUCCCAGGACAACUGCCUGCGCGUCGUCUCCGAGAUCCAGCCCCGCCUGUGAGCUGCACCCCGCGGGUGGGCAGCCCGUGCUGGCCUCGUCAAGGUUGGGGACCGCGACGAGGACGUGGUGCUGAGCUGCAAGGCACCAGCACCACCCGAGACCUGGCAGCUGAACGGGGACCCGGAGCCCAUGGUGGAGCUGGUGCCAGCUGGGCUGGAGCUCACCGUGGUGGGGCUGGACCUGCCGGCCACCGGCAACUACACGUGCUGGGGCCGCGCUCACCCCUCGCCGCCCCCAGACGAGCAGGCGAAGGCGGUGUCCUGCCACGCCAAGUCCUACUGCGGCACGUUCACGUGCGAGUGGAGAGCGCUGGAGAACGCCUUCUUCCGCGGCCGCAUCUUCCGCAGCGGCGAGCGCCCCGGGGCCUGGCAGCACACGGGCCUGGAGCAGCGGGGCCCGGUCGCCAUGGACUUCGCGGAGCCCGGCUUCUGCCCCUUCGCCGAGGAGACGCAGCCGCUGGUGCUGGAGCUGCAGGCGCUGACGAGGCACCACUUAUUCGAGGACUUCAGGCUGCGCCUCUUCCUGCGUGAUAUCGUGCGCCCCGAGCCCCCGCACAACGUGUCGGCGCGGCGCGAGGGGCAGCAGCUGCACCUGGCCUGGGCCCCGCCGGCCUCCUGGAGCCGCCCGCACUCCUACUUCACCCUGCGCUACCGCCUGCAGUACAAGCGCCACGACGGCUCCACGGGCACCCUGCAGCUGGAGGGGGUGCAGGAGACGCAGCUGGCGGGGGCCGUGCGCCAGGUGCGCCUCAGCUGCCAGGACCCCUUCGCCAACUCCAGCUGGAGCGCCUGGACGCCCUGGAAGGACGUGUGA